AUGGCUUCGUUAUGAUGAAAUAAACUUGGAAAAGGAUCCUUAGGUCAAGUCAUCCUUGUCAAGCAGAAGACAACAGGUGUAAAAUAUGCUAUGAAGGCAAUCAGAAAACCAUUAGCAAUAGACGAUGAUAUGAGAGACCAAAUAAUUGAUAAAAGGCACCUUCUACUUCGCCUAAACCAUCCCUUUAUAGCAUCGCUGCAAUUCUCUUUCCAAUCAAAAGCAAACCUUUUCUUUGUGUUUGAUUAUUUGGAAGGAGGCACUCUAAAAAGUCUGAUACAAAAAGAGGGCAAACUUUCAGAAGAACGAGCAAAAUUUAUCUUAGCAGAGUUAAUACUAGGAUUAGAGUAUCUACAUCAAAAUGAUGUAGUAUGUGCUGAUCUUACCUCUCAAAAUAUCCUUUUUGAUAGUAACAAAAAUAUCAAAUUGACUGAUUUUAGUUCUACGAGACUUCUUUUUAAGCAGGAUGAGUCGGACUACAUCACCAGUUCUAUCCAAUACAUGGCUCCUGAGUCUGUUAAGGAUGACAAUCCUACCUACUGAUCAGACUGGUGGACUCUUGGAAUAAUAUUUUAUGAAAUGAUUUUUGGCGACCUUCCUUACUCUUCUUCUGAAUUAUCAGCUGUACUAAAGCAGAUUACAAAUGAUGAAAUAGUUAUCCCUAGCAGCUCAUGUAGCGAUGAGGCAAGAGAUUUAAUGGGAAAGUUACUCCAAAAAGAUCCACAAGAACGUCUUGGGAACGUUGACUCAAGUUACAUAAUGGGACAUUCAUUUUUCAAGGAUGUAAAUUGGUACAAAGUAAUGAAGCGGCAGACUAAAACUGACUAUCUAUCUCCUCCAUCAGAGGGCUCGGAUAUCUACAAGUCAACAGGGCCUUCUAAUCCUGAGACAAUUCUUAUAUCAGAAGAAGUGAAGUAUUCUCAAGCUUCCAAAUUUCAAAACCUGAAGCUCACAGUGGAAGGCUUUAGUUAUGAUGGGGAUAGUGCACUUGCUUGAAGCGAUUGAUCAAGCAGUCCUAAAAAGUCCUCUCUAGCAAGCGAAAAUUAG